UGGGUACUAUAUGGGUGGCAGAGAGGAAUAAACCAACAUUUGUUGCAUGGCACUUGAACGCGAAAGAGUAACGAUCCGCUUGUAAGAGUUUUGAUAUAGUUUUUAUUCCUGGUAAAAGUGCUGCCGCAGUCAUGCCCCUUUCCUCUUCUCUUUCUUGGUGUUUUCGGACCGGACAUCGACGGAUCUGCCUCUUUGUAACUUUGUACACAAUGAAAACUUGCAGCAAAUCACCUCUCAUACUGCUGAAGUUGAUUUACAUCACAUUACUCCCAGUUCUUGAGGCACAAGAAGUGACUGGAUACCUCGGGCAUGACGUCACCCUGCCCUGCCAGUUCAUCCCAGGACCAAAAGAAGCCAAUAUUACUCAGGUUCAGUGGGAGCUAAAGCCACCAGAAGGAGAAAAAUUCAUCAUUCUUGUUUUUAAUGUUUUACAUGGAGUUAAUACUAAGGAUACAUUUCUGAAGGAGAGAGUGGAGAUUGCAGAACAAUCUUUGAUCAUCAGAGAUGUGGAAAUGAGAGAUGCAGGGCUGUACACCUGCAGCAUUGCAGCCUUUCCUAGUGGUUCAUUUGCAGGAAGCACCAACCUUGUUGUUCAAGAGCAGAUGCCGUUAUCAUCAGGGCUGGUUUCUGCUAUAGUGAUUGCUGUCAUGUUGGUGUUAACGAUCGUGGCAGCCAUAGCUUAUCUCAUCAUCAGAAGACCUGAUUCUUCGGUCAGGCACCGUGUCAACAUUGAUACAAGUGGUCAGGUGAUGGAUGUGGCCAGGCCAUCUGUUAUUGUAAGAGAAGAGGAUGUGGUCUACUCUCACAUCAAGCUCAAACCAUCCGGAGAUGCUACACCUUCAUCCAAAGACAAGCACACAGUGCAUGCUGAGGAUGUCACAUACUCCGAGGUCAUAGUUUUGUGUCAGCAGCCUUAAUGAGAUGAAAUGUAAAGUGAUGUUGAAGUUCUCUUUCUUGUACUUGCUGAGGGCAAAAAAAUUACUCUUAAAGCUUAUGUAUGCAAGUUGUAUUUACCAUAAUUUUGGUAUCAUUUAGUGAAAUCAGCAUAUCUUGACAGCUGUCACUAAAUCAGCUGCUACUAAAAUAAAACCUAACCUUUGUGGCUGCUCCAGGCCUUCUAUUGAUGCCCUCAUAUAGGGUUGUAACAUCAAAUUGAUUUAAUACAUACUGUUUUUUAAUCUCGCUCUCUCCCCCUUUUCUAUUUUUAUUUUUAAAUAAACUAAGUUUUAUAAGCUGCCAAAACCCCACCACCACCCAACCUUUACCUGAGGGACGUUGAACAAUCAGAAACUGAAAAAAGUUUUAUAAAUCAAAAGAUUCUGUUUUGCAUUGGAAAUAGAAACUAUUUACAGUAAAGAUAUGUAGAAAAAUAUCCUUCUGUUAAAGGGAAUAAUCUUAAAUUCCAAUGGGCUACAAUUGCAUUAAAUGUCAAUCCAACAACACUAGUGGAACAUCAUCACGCCACCAAGACCUGAUGUCCAAACCAACAAUAAAUUCCAUUUGUACAGACAGAUUUUGCAGCCUGUGCAUACCACUGACUAUCAAUUAUAAAUAUAGAACGCCUUCCUCUGUAUAGCCUCACUAGAAUUAACCAGAAAAGAGACAAAACUCAUUCAUUUAAACACAAGACAGAGUAGAUCUCAUCACACAAAGUUCCUGUUCCUCCUUUGUUGACCACCAAAGGAGGAAGACACAUGAAAAAUUACACCGUCAAUAGGGAACUAACUUAGCACCACAACACUUGUGUAGCGUGUUAAUGAUUGCAAGAGCUGAAGGUGUUUAGGGACUUUAAAGGGGACACCAAACUUGCUCGAUUUCAGCAGUAAAAUUUACUUUCUAGAUUCCUCUUUAAUUGUGAUUCAACUAAAUUGGACAUCAUGAUGUUUAGAAAAUAUGAUGUGCGCCUCUUACUUUAACUCAGGAACUAGCCAGUCUUUGUUAGGGUUAAAGGGUUUAUGAGUCAGAGAGAAAGGCUAGAGUUGUUGUGGUUGUACUCUUUCAAAUUCUUGCUUGUACUUUCCUAAUCCUGGCUAUUUAUUAAAACUCACCUGCAGCAGCUUUAAACCAAAAACAAGAAUUGCAUGUUAUUAUACAGUACUGUAUGUAUUCCCAUAGGACUGAUAUCUGUAAUAGUUGUAGUGGUAUUUUAUCCUACCCUGUAUUCUGUCUGCUUUGGGCCUGUUGUGCAGAACAUUGCUCAAUGUUAAUGUCAGAAUCCUCUGUACACAGAUGUUACGGUCUGAAAAUGCCAUAUGUAAAAAGGUGACAAAAUAUGGUUUGUUUGCAAAGUUGCUGUAAUGGUGCAUAUCAUCGCUGAACAUUAGAUUUAAGUUGCUGGUUUUCAGCAGUGUUUCCUGACAGUGUGAUUUUGUGGGUGUGAGAUUAUGUUGGCUCACUUUGUGUUUGUGUCAGAACAUGUGAGAACAUUCUGCAUUUGUGAUAAUUCAGUCCUGUGGCUUGUUUAUCAAAUCAUGCAAACAAGCAGACAGAUGGACAGAGCCAACAGUGCACAGUUCUAUAAAUUGUCUCUACAUUUCCUUUAAAUGAGAACAUUUUGUUGGUGGCUAUUGUUGCUUAAUAAAGUUCUACAUUUUCACAGACCUUA